AUGUUUUAUAGUAAGGAAACUGCCGGUCCUUCGGCGUCACCUGAAAAAUCUUUAUGCAAUAGCAAAUCAAACUGUAGAAAAAGACAACGAACAACUUUUACGCCAAUACAAGCCGAUGCACUUGAGAAAGAAUAUCUUAUCGAUCAAUACAUGCCUCGUACUAGGCGAGCCUUAAUUGCUAAAUCACUGGGUCUUAAUGAAGGUCAAGUAAAGACAUGGUUCCAAAAUCGUCGAGCAAAAGAUAAACGUAAUGAUAAGAAUUUACCACAAAAUAUUCGUAGGUAA